GACCAUAAGACGCGCCUAGGUUUUAGAGGAGAAAAACAAGAAAAAAAAUAUUCUGAACCAAUGGACUUCAGACAUAGUAUAGGAAAUGACCAGAGACUGCAGACAAUACAAGAGAUGACCAGAGACUGUGGACUUAGUACAGGAAAUUACCAGAGACUGCGGACAUAGUACAGGAGAUGACCAGAGACUGCGGACAUAGUACAGGAGAUGAGCAGAGACUGCGGACAGUACAGGAGAUGACCAGAGACUGCGGACACAGUACAGGAGAUGACCAGAGACUGCGGACACAGUGCAGGAGAUGACCAGAGACUGCGGACACAGUACAGGAGAUGACCAGAGACUGCGGACACAGUACAGGAGAUGACCAGAGACUGCGGACACAGUACAGG